AUGGGAGAAAAGAAACUACAAUUCCAGGAUAAUUUUGAAAUUAUGAUGAAACGUGGUUCCUCAUUCAUUCAAAACAUGGACAAUAAACGUCGCGAAUUUGUCGAUCAUUUAGAAUAUAUUUCGCACGACAUUGUUCGGUCGUUUAUGCGUAUUUUCGGUGCCGACGGUCGACUGCGUAGCUGGUUCAGCAAUCGACGUCAUGCGCUGACCGAUUCCGAAGAUCAUUCCAGUAUGUCAUCACCCGGGAGCACGGACAGUCAGAGCAGCGAUUCAAAAGAUCGUGAACGAAGAUGGACCAUUUCGGGAAUGGACGACUGUCCCACGAACAAGCUCUCGCGUAAACGAAAUGCAUCUGUGGCAAUGCUGAAUGAAUUUGAUUAUCACCACCCUGACGACCGGACCGUAUCCACAAGUGGUUCCACAGCGGAUCUGACCAUUGAAGAUGAAGAUGCCGUGGCCUCUGACCCCGGGUUGAACAGCUACAAUCGACCAAUGCGAACCCGGCGUUCAUUAAACAGCUAUCGAUCACCAGUACUCAGUUCAAAACUGCGCAAAUUUAGUGCCUAA